AUGUUUGCCAUAUAUUUGUUGGCAUUAAUUGCGUUCAUAAAUGCAAAUGAAUUUGAAUUGUUUGAAAACAAUGAUAUCUACGACGAGGUGAGGGAUUCACGCAAUUUGACGGGAAAAGUAGUUUUGGUGACCGGAAGUAGUUCUGGAAUCGGAGAACAAAUCGUUAAACUAUUCUCAGCAUUGGGUGCCAGUGUUGUGGUCACCGGUAUUAACGACACUGAUAUUCAACGUGUGGUUCAGGAAACCCAAGAGUUAUCUCCUCAUAAACUCAAACCAUUGGGAGUGACGGCAGACUUGACUAAAAUGGCGGAAUUGGAUCACCUCUUGGACGAGACCAUCAAAACGUUUGGCAAAUUGGAUGUAUUGGUGAACAACGCGGGUCUCUAUCUGUUGGCCUCAAUCGCCGACAAAAGGUUUUUAGAUAUUUUCGAUGAGUUCGAGAAAGUGGACACUCGGGCCGCCCUACAGCUCAUUCAAAACGCCAUUCCCUACUUAGGCCGCACUAACGGCACCAUUAUUAACGUGUCCAGCGUUUUGACCGAACGUCCGCAAAAAUCGAUGUUAGCCUACGAGAUGGCUAAACAGGCCCUGGAGUUGUCCACCGAAAUACUAUCGCUAGAGUUGGCCCCACAGGGUAUCAGAGCUAAUACGAUAAGUCAGGGAGCCGUUCAGUCCCACCCACUCAACCAAACCGAUCCGAUAGCUGUCGCCCGAUAUAAUAACUCCGUAAGUCAUACACCGUUAGCCAGAAUAGGAGUUCCUAUAGAUAUAGCCAAAGGUGUGGUAUUUCUGGCCUCAAGUGAUGCCGACUUUAUUACCGGUCAUAAUCUGGUGGUCGACGGAGGGAUCAGAUAUAAUAUGGACUCA